AUGACCGCGAAACCCAAGUACUUCGACGGAAAUGGAGGAGUCAUCGCUCUGACUCGAUGGUUCGAGAAGAUCGAAUCCAUCUUCCAAAUUUGCGCCUGUUCCGAAGCCAACAAGGUGAAGUUUGCUGCCUGUACCUUCACUGACAGAGCUUUGACCUGGUGGAAUGGUCAAGUCAAAACCCUAACCCUGACAGUAGCUAAUUCCAUGGGUUGGGAAAGACUGAAGGAACUCAUGAUGGCUGAAUACAGCCCGAGGGGCGAGGUGCAAAAGUUGGAGCACGAACUUUGGAACUUGAAGAUGAAGGGUUCUAACAUUGCUACUUACACUGAUAGAUUCUAUGAAGUGGCAACUGUUUCUGAGCCACAUAAGGAAAGUGUUGGGAAGAAGAAGAAAUCAUGGAACAAACGCAAGGGUCAGUCUUCGCAAGAGCCCUCCAAGAAACAACAAACAGUGGCAGUUCAUGUUGUUACUGCUCCUGCUACUGCCCCAGCUACUGUUCUAACCACCCAAACUCCUACCGGUGUUUAUGAUGGGAAAUUACCUUUGUGCAACAAGUGUAACUUCCAUCAUCACAGACCCUGCCGUGAUUUGAGUUGCAAUAACUGUGGGAAGAAGGGUCACACAACUCGAUACUGCAAGGUGCCAGCCCAACCCACCAACCAGACUGCGAGAGCAGGUGCUGGUCAAGCUUGUUAUGGAUGUGGAGAGGUUGGGCAUUUCAGGAGAAAUUUCCCCAAGGCAACGACUGGUGGCAAUACAGGGAGAGUUUUGGCAAUGGGCUAG